CGUAGCUUCCACCAUCUGGGUCGCGCGCGUUUUAGAUCGAGCAUACUUUACCCCAUCCUUCCACAGAGCUAGUGAUUCCCUCCCCAGGGGUAGCAGAGGAACCGUUGAGCCAUUUUUUUUCUUCAAAACUAACCAAUGAGCUUCCAGUGUCCGGAGAGAAGCCGCUAGAAAGUCGCUGCUACUUAGUCAAGCGUAAGAAUAUAGUACUUAUUUCCGUGAGUGUGUUUGCGCUUUGCCCCCCGUGAGUGAAAAAAGUGCAACAAAAAAAAAAGUUUGAAUAGUCAGUAGCGACUUCCAUAUGCCAUGCUUAGGAUCAUGAAGGAAAACGUAGAAGAUCUCCGCUCUGCUAACUUGUGGCUAGCCUUGCCAUCUGAGUUCAUUGGAACAUUAGUGAUCACACUUUUGGGAUGUGGCACAUGGGUCAAUGGAACAUCAGACCAUGUCCGGGUUGCGCUGACCUUCGGCCUCGCUGUUGCCACAGUGGUGUGGAUCUUUAACCACAUCUCAGGCGCUCACUUCAAUCCAGCAAUCACAGUUGCUGCCUUGUUCACGCGGCGGGUGAGCAUCGUAAGAGGUGUAUUGUACAUACUUGCUCAAGUGAUAGGAGGAGUGGUUGGUGCGGGUUUGUUGUACGGUCUUGGUCCAGCUCGAUCCCAAUUCGGGUCCAACGCUUUACAGACUGGGAUCAGUUCAGCCCAAGGUUUUGGUGUUGAGGUCUUGGUGACAUUCGUGUAUGUUCUGGCCUUCUUCUCAUCUCUGGAUGACAAAAGAAGUGACCUAAGAGGAUCUUUCCCACUGACCAUCGGACUUGCUGUUGUCGUAGGCCACUUAUUUGCAAUUCCAUACACCAGGGCUGGUCUGAACCCUGCACGUAGUUUCGGCCCCGCCCUGAUCGCCAAUUACUGGGAAACACAUUGGAUAUUUUGGGUAGGACCCAUAACAGGAGCUCUGCUUGCUGGUCUGUCUUACGACUACAUCUUCUCAGCUGGUGCCACUUUUGCUGGAGCCAAGAAAUGCCUUCUCCGAACCAAAAAACCAAAGAAGCAAGCACCUGAACCAGAAAAGGCGCCACUUGAAGAGGUCAAGACAGACGUCGUGGAAAUCGACGAGACCAAGUUGGAUGGAGAAAAGGAGGUCGCGAUUGAGGUGGACAUAGAAAAGACCAAAUCGUCUACAGAAGAACUCAGUUAAACAUGGCGCGCAGAUUUCGCGGAGGAGAUCUUUUAUAAAUACUUUAAAAAAACAUAAAAAGCCUUUUUGCCUCCCUAAAAUGUUGAUGUUUUAAAAAUAUGAUAAAUAUUACAAAUUGCAUAAUAUACAUAUAGAUCUAAU